UUAGAAUUUUUUCUCUUUUCUUGUAACGUUAAACAAUUUGAUCCUUGUUUGUUUAAAAAGAUGUUAGGACUCAUCUUUUAUGUUCUCCUGAUAAAAAAUGUGUUAGCGAAAAGCGUGGUCGACGAAAGAGUUCCUCUUAUCAUCUUUGGUGUAGAUGGCUACUCCCACCAACAUUAUCUACAGUAUGGUAAUAAAACUUCGGGAGAUUCCAACAUAUUCCCUAUUCAACCAGUUUUCCCUACAAAAACCUUUCCUAACUUCAUGUCAAUAGCCACGGGUCUGUACCCCACCCAGCAUGGAAUUGUCAACAACGGGUUUUACAACCAAAAAAGGAACCUCAAGUUUCGGUACGAGGAUAAUCAAAACGAGGACUUUGAUUGGUUCAAAGGAGAACCGAUUUGGGUCACUGCCAAAAAAGCUGGUUUAAGGUCUUACAUCGACACGUGGGUAGGAUCGGGCGCUGACUACGGCGGACUAAUCCCGGACAUAGAGUUCGGGUAUCGUGUUCAUACUUUUGAGCAGACAGUUCAGGGACUGGUUGAGAACAUGGAUGGAGAUUACAGGACGAGGUGUGAUUUGUACAUGUUAUACUCGAACGAACCGGAUCACUCGCUCCACAGGAAUGAUAACACUGAUAAUGAAACUGUUCAGGAGAUAAUAGACCUUGCGGAGAGAAGGAUCAGUCUACUGAAAUCAGCAUUAGGCAACAGGAAGUACAACCUGAUUAUAACAUCUGAUCAUGGGAUGACUAGCCACAAACGGAGAUACCAACUUCCAAAGUUGAUCAGAGACAAAGCUAAGUUGUUUUACCAAGGGGAAGUUCCUUGGUGGUACUCGAAACAAAACAGAAGUGUAGCCGAGGACGUUAGAGAUUUGAACCGGUUCCUGCAAAGUAGUGGGAUGACUGGUUUAUCGGCUGUUGAAACGGCUGCUCUUGACAACAGGUUUCAGAUGUGUGGGUUGGAGGAAGAGGGAUUACCGGAUAUUAUCUUUAUUGGGGAUGAUGGUGUGGUGAUAUCAUCCUGGGACUAUCUUGCUGGCGGCCACGGAUAUGACAACACAUUCCCCAAAAUGUACGCUCACGCGAGGGUGUCUGGUCCGGGGUUUAGAGAGGUGCCUGGAGUUGAAGACAGACCUCUUAAGAUGAACACGGAGCUUUACAAUCUGUUCUGUUCUCUGCUCGGCAUCAAGCCGGCUAACAACACUGGAGAUUUAUACACAUUUGAUUCCCUCCUCUCCAAUCCACCUGACAGGACUGAAUGGGAGGCAUCCUAUUCACAGGUUCAAGCGCCCUGUGAUCAACCAUUACCAACCUAACUGUCAUCAAGGAUCAAGUUUAUACAACUAUUAUUAUAUAUAAUAUAUAUAUAUUACUUGGGAUUACCAAAUGGAAUGUUCAAUUAAGAU